AUGGAUGGUGCGCAGGAUGGUGCGCAGGAUGGUGCGCAGGAUGGUGCGCAGGAUGGUGCGCAGGAUGGUGCGCAGGAUGGUGCGCAGGAUGGUGCGCAGGAUGGUGCGCAGGAUGGUGCGCAGGAUGGUGCGCAGGAUGGUGCGCAGGAUGGUGCGCAGGAUGGUGCGCAGGAUGGUGCGCAGGAUGGUGCGCAGGAUGGUGCGCAGGAUGGUGCGCAGGAUGGUGCGCAGGAUGGUGCGCAGGAUGGUGCGCAGGAUGUGCUGCGAGCUCCUGGCGUAGUACUGCUCGACUGUCAGCAGCCAGCCGGGGUCGUUGUGGGAGUGCGGCACCACAAACACCCUCAGUGGCUCCCCGUCCCACUCGUCCCCCUUGUAUUGCAGCUUCCAGCCCUGGAGAGGGGUGAUGAUGGACAUGUGGGGAUGCGAGGAUGUGGGGGUUGA